GAAGUGAAAUCAAAUGCAGAGAAAUACGAUUCCUGGUUUUUGAUUUCCUGCAUUUGGAUUCCCGUAAGAAAUAGCAUUCUGGUAUUUCGCGACUGAGAGUAGCGAUGGAGAUCACGAAAAAGCCAAGAGAGCAUAUUGAGUAUAUUAGGAGAGAGACAUUCUCCAUGGGAGGAAAACCAAAUCCUCUAGCGGGAGCUUUACAUCAGGCCGUAAAUUAUCUGUCCGCCGAGCUGUAUGCUAAAGACGUCCAUUUCCUCAUGGAGCUCAUUCAGAACGCCGAAGAUAAUGAGUAUUUAUCUGAUGUGGAUCCGUCUCUGGAGUUCGUUAUCACAUCAAAAGACAUCACAGCAACCGGUGCCGCCUCGACUCUACUUAUAUUCAACAAUGAAAGAGGCUUCUCUGAGAAGAACAUCGACUCCAUAUGCAAUGUUGGAGGAUCGACAAAGAAAGGGAAGAGGCAAUGUGGAUAUAUUGGAGAGAAAGGUAUCGGAUUCAAGAGUGUAUUCCUCAUUACCAGCCAGCCUUAUAUUUUCAGCAAUGGGUAUCAGAUAAGGUUCAAUGAAAACCCACAUCCAGACUGCGAUCUUGGAUUCAUUGUCCCUGAAUGGGUGGACGAGAACCCAACUCUUUCCGACAUACAAAAAAUAUAUGGCUCUGAUAAAGUCCUUCCAACGACGAUUAUAGUCCUGCCAUUGAAGUGUGAAAAGGUAAAUGCUGUGAAGCAACAGCUUUCAAGCAUGCACCCUGAGCUCCUCUUGUUUCUUUCAAAAAUCAAGCAGCUUAGUGUCAGGGAAGACAACGAUGAUCCUCGGCUCAAUACAGUUGGUGCCAUCUCUAUUUCGAGUGAAACCGACUUCAAGAGGAGGAAGAGCAUCCAUGCAGAGUCCUGCACUCUCCAGAUCUCUGCUAAAGAUCCCUGCAAACAGAAAGGGAAUGAAUGCACUUACCAUAUGUGGAAGCAAAGGUUCCCAGUUAAAUUGGAAAACCAAUUUGAGAGGAGGAAGGAAGUUGAGGAAUGGGUGAUCACACUAGCAUUUCCCUUCGGCGAACGCCUCGAUCGAGGGAUGGGAAUGCCUGGCAUUUAUGCAUUUCUACCGACAGAGAUGGUCACAAACUUUCCAUUCAUAAUUCAGGCAGAUUUUGUUCUAGCAUCAUCAAGAGAAACCAUACUCUUGGAUAAUGCGUGGAACAAAAGCAUUCUUGAUUGUGUGACCUCUGCUUUCAUCAAUGCUUCCAUCUCUCUAGUGAAAGAAACAGGCAACACACCCACAUCUUCCCUCGUGCCGAUAUUUAAGUUCUUGCCAGUAAAAAGCUCUUCAUUCAAGGAGCUGAACACCGUGCGAGAGGCAAUAAGAGCGAAGGUGGUCACAGAGAAUAUCAUACCAUGCGAGUCAUACACAGAGCAACAGCUAUUCCGCAAGCCCAGUGAAGUGGGCAGACUAAUGCCUGCAUUCUGGGAUAUCUUGAUCAAGGCAAGGGAGCAAGGUGUGAGCUUCCAGAAUCGUUCAUCCCAUGGGACCUACAUUCUGAACUCAGCAUUCGAUCAGGCAGAAUAUGACGAUGUCCUGGUUUUCUUGGGUGUGGGAUCCAUCAGCAAUGAAUGGUAUGCGGAAUGCAUCAAGAGCUCAAAUCUAGUACUGGGCGUUUCUGAGGAUCUUUAUAUGGAGCUGCUAUCCUUUUUCGCAGACAAUUGGAACAUUUUCAGGGAGAGUGAUAUCAGUAAUAUACCCCUUUUGAAAUACGUUGAUUGGAACUGCAUGCAAUCCUUGUCGAGCAUCAACAAUGCAACCACCAAGCAUGGAAAUACAAUAUGUUUUUCAUCCGAAGCUAAUCAUGUUUCGUGGCUUAUCAAAUGGAACCAGGAAUUCCGAUGUGCCGCGCACCGCUUCUUCUUCCCAGAAGACACACAUGAGGCUUUGAGAUUGUCUCCAAAGAGGGAAACAAUACGGGAAUGGCUUCGGCAGUAUGCUAGUGUGGACAGUCUGACUGUAUCCGAAUAUGGCGAUCUUCUCGUCAAUGCAGUGAUGAAUGAUAGAAAGCUUGUUAUAGCUUUUACCCACUUCUUAUAUCACUCCCUCUCAGAGAAAUACUUGUCAGUUCAGGAAGUCUCUCAGCUAUGUGCUAAAAUGCCGCUUGUAGAUAACUACGGCGAGGUGACUGCACGAAGGAGGCAAGUUCUCGUCCCUGCCAAUGGCAGCAAGUGGGUUAGAUUAUUGGGUUCUAACCCAUGGAGAGGAGAGAGCUACGUUGAACUGGGUGAAGAUUAUACCUGGGAUGGCGAUUUUGCAGGUCUGCAUUCAUCCAAGAAACAGCUGAUGAAGUUCAUGGAGGAUUACGCUCAAGCUUCUGACAUACCGGGUCUCUGUCCUCCUGAUGCUUCUUUUCCUACUGAAUCAUCUCCGCUGACGAAAGAAAACACAUUUCUGCUUUUGGAAUGGAUUCGGAAUUUGAAAUAUAAGGGGGUGGAGAUGCCCAGUAGUUUCUUGCAAUGCAUCAAGGAGGGGAGUUGGCUGAAUACCUCUAUCGGUUACAAUCCUCCCUCGGAGACAUUCCUAUCGAGCUCUGACUGGGGAAGCCUACUUCAGAUGGGGUCUGUGCUGGUUGAUAUCCCCUUGAUCAACCAGAAAUUCUAUGACAACAGGAUCAGUGACUACAGGGAAGAGCUGAGAACAAUUGGUGUGAUGUUUGAGUAUGGCGAAGCGUGCAGGUACAUUGGUAAACGUCUCAUGAAGCUAGCCAGUUCUACCAAGCUAACGAGUGCGAACGUGCUGUCGAUGUUGCAGCUAAUAAAGUUCAUGCGAGAGAGGAUUCUGUCACCAGAGGAAUUCAUCAAGAGCAUCAAAGACGGUCGUUGGCUACGGACCAAUCAUGGUGACAGAUCUCCAGUUGGGUCUAUUUUAUAUGGGCCUGAAUGGAAAACUGUGUUGGAGAUCAGCAAUCCGCCAUUCAUCGAUGAAAAAUACUACAGCAACAAUAUAAAAUGCUAUGAAGAAGAGCUUCAGCUGCUUGGGGUUGUGGUUGGCUUUGAUGCAAAUUACCACAUGGAAAUCGUGGCGAGCAACUUCAAAUUGCCUGCUUCUUUACCUUCUCUGUCAGCGGAUAGCAUUCUUUUGAUAUUGGAGUGCGUUAGGAAUUCAAGAUUGUCUGACCAGAUCAAAAGUAAGCUUAAAGAUGAGAGAUGGGUAAAGACCAAUCUCGGUUACCAGUCACCAGACAAUUCUUUCUUCUUUGAUCCCAAAUGGGAAUGCCUUUUGAAGGUUGUCAAUGGAAUUCCGUUGAUUGAUGAAGGAUUUUAUGGGAGCCGGAUCCGCUCAUACAAGGAUGAGUUGAAAGAGGCCGGGGUAGUUGUCACGCUACAAGGAGUGUCUGAGGCAGUCACCCGUCGUUUUCAAGAGCUUGUUAAGACGUCUUCCAUCAGAAAAGAAAAUGUGCUAGCACUGCUGGCAUGUUACCGUCACUUUAAUGAAGCAAAACGUAGCUUCCCCAAAGAGCUAUUAGACUGCAUGCUCAAAGAAAAAUGGCUGCAGACCCGCUUCCUUGGCUUUAAAUCUCCACAGGAAUCAAUACUGUUUGAUGUGGAAUGGGAAUCUAUCUGUCCAAUUUCGAUCCUUCCUUUCAUCGACGACAGUGACGCGUGCUAUGGAAAAGACAUCCAUGAAUACAGAAAUGAGUUGAAGGAUUUUGGUGUUGUAGUAAAAUUUGAAGAUGGAUUGAGGUUCGUAGCUGCCGGUCUCAGUAUCCAAAACCCAGACGGAAUAACUCCUGCAAGUGUGCUGUCGCUGCUGAAAUGCAUCAAGAACUUACUGGAGCACAGCAGCACCUUACCAAAGGAGUUCAUGCGGCGUAUCGAUAAGAAGUGGCUGAAGACCCAUAUGGGCUAUCGAUCGCCAAGCGAAUGUAUGCUGUUCGAUUCGAAGUGGGGUUCUCUAGAACGUGAAGAUGGGCCAUUCAUUGAUGAAGCUUUUUAUGGGACCGAAAUCGCAUCAUAUCGAAAAGAGCUCAAUGCGAUUGGAGUGACUGUGGAUGGUGAAAGUGGCUGCCCAUUGCUUGCAGGCCACCUUAGUUGCCAUUCUCAAUCAGCAGUGAUAACUAGAAUCUACGAGUACUUGAGCAGAUUCAACUGGGUCCCAGACAAUAAGGAAGCUAGGUGGAUUUGGAUACCGAAUGGAAGCGACAAGGGCGAAUGGGUGGGUCCGAAAGCCUGUGUCAUUCAUGACAAGGAUAAUCUCUUCGGCUCACGGUUGAAGGUUUUGGACAAGUAUUACACGAAAGAUAUACUUGGCUUCUUCUCCAUGAUUCUCGGAGUAAGCUCAAAUCCGACUGUCGAAGAUUACUGCAGUCUGUGGAGUGAUUGGGAAAAAACAGACCGCAAAAUGGUGUACAAGGAGUGCUGUUCUUUCUGGGCAUUUGUGGCGAAGCAUUGGAAUCCAAAGGGGGAGCUUCUCUCGAGCAGCAUCUCCAAGGUGCCUGUGAAGACGGCUUCUGAGGGAAUUGGUCUAGUCAAUAAGCAAGACGCUUUCAUUCCUGACGACCUGCAAUUGAAGGAUCUUUUCGAGGAGGCUUCUCAAGAACCAAUAUUUGUCUGGUAUCCUCAACCGAGCUGGCCUUCUCUGUCUCGUGAUAAGCUCAACAAGAUCUACAGCAGCAUUGGGGUCCGAACUAUUUCAGAAUCUGUUACUAAGGAUGAAGAUUUCGCAUCGAACAUGCUCGAAUUCAAGAAGUUAGAUCAGAAAUAUGAGAUGCUCCAGAAUGGGUUGUUCCAAAUUGCACUUGGGUUUCUCUCAGAUCCUUCAUUUGAGAUGCCCAUGGACGCGAGGCAUCAGAAGGUGAAAAGCCUCCUCGGCGUCGAACUCUUUGUUUCGGAGGAACCCAUUACAGUAAGCUACAACCUGAUACUUUGUGCAGGAAAUAUCAUCAAAGCAAAAGCUGCAAGAAUGAUUCGUUGGGAUAGGGAAGCUUCAAAGCUGUUUGUUCAGAAGAUUUCCUGCAACAAAUCCGACAUCAAAUUCGCGACGUAUUUCUCUGAAGUGAUAGCAGAAGGGCUGUUAUGGGAGGAGCCUGAUCGCAUUCCAGGCCUCUGCGAGCUUAUCAAGAUCGGGUGCUUGUUGGAGUUUGAGGAGGAGGCGAUUGAGUUCUUGUUGAAGACUAAGAAUCUGCAGGUUUUCAUCGUGGAUGAGGAGUUCCUCAAAUCUGCACUCUCAUCUGCAUAGAAGCUUAUGAAGCAUUGUUUGUGCUGAAACUCUUUGUUUUUUGUUUGGAUGAUUUGAAGCUUGUAUUUUUCUGUUUUCUUUUUGUUUGGAUUUUCAAGCUUUUAUUGUGUUGGUGUUUAUGUUAGUUAGUGGAAGUUAGUUUCUGCUGGAAAUUCUUCUGGUUUGGUCGAGACAAAGAUGAGCUAUAUUCCAGUACAAA